AAGCAGCUGAGGAGAGAGCAGCCAGACGGACCCAUCAUGUCCGACAAACCAGAUUUUGCAGAAAUUGAAACAUUUGACAAGACCAAGCUGAAGAAGACAGAAACCAGAGAGAAAAAUCCAUUGCCCACUAAAGAAACUAUCGAACAGGAAAAGCAAAGUGAAAGUACAGCCUGAGCGUAGAAUUGAAGAUGUGACUGCUGCUUCUUCAGUGGGGUUUUGGCUUCCGAGUUGGGUUGUUUUGUUUUGUGUGUCCCCGUCCCGUCCCGUGGUUGUUGCCCAUUUAUUUUAGCAAAUAUUUGCUCAUUUAAUGUUCCCUGGGGAAGAAGUUUGUUUUGUGUUUGCUGAACAAGAUACUGUGUAUUUGUAUUCUUAAAACUGUAAUUCCAAGUUCUGUAUCAACCCAUUACUUGCCAAAAAAAAAGCAAUUUGCAUAAAAAUUGUUUUCCUAAAUCUCACAAUAAACAGAUUUCUUCUGAUCA